UUGUAGUGAUACUUUAAUAUUAUUUGAUUACAUAAUGUUAAUGCGGUAUGAUUCUAAAAUUAUACAUGAAAAAUAGUGGUGAUAUACUAAUUUUUAAAUGGGCAGCUUUCAAAAUCUGUUAUUUCAACUUGGACUGAUAAUUAGUUAAUCAAAAUAAAUAAUUCCGUUUCGAAGUCGUGGUCAAAGAAAAACUGCUAUAUGAGUAUGUGAGAUGAUUUUCUCUGGGAAAUCAGGGCAGCAAGGUCAGCACUCUAAAAGUAGCUUCUUGCCAUCAGUGAAAGGUUAACUAAUGCCAGAAUGUGUUUGAGCAUUGUUAUUCAAUCAGCUGAUAGAAGAAGGGCUGAGCAACUGGUUUUAGUCAGCGGUCCAUAACACCACAAUCAGUUCUCCAAUCAACAUCUAAGGGCCAUUCUUGUGCUUCUUCUGACACCAGUGUGUGAUUAUUAUUGUUGUGCACGAUAACUUGAGAUAUUUUAAUACUUUGUAGGUUUCAUAGCGUGUGAUUCUUUUAAUUUUUUUUCUCUUAUUGUUUUGGUUUAGUUGCAUCUUGAGUUGCUUGCAUGGGGCCACCAGAAGACGUGGGUAUCGUGGCCUUGGAGCUAGUGGUACCGGCUCAAUGUGUCGACCAGGCAGAACUUGAGGUGUUUGAUGGAGUGUCGGCUGGAAAGUACACAGUAGGACUUGGACAGGCAAGGAUGGGCUUCUGUACUGAUCGAGAAGACAUCAACUCUCUUUGUCUCACUGCGGUCGCUCAGCUGAUGGAGAAGAACAACCUGAGCUACAGAGAUAUUGGCCGUCUCGAGGUCGGCACAGAGACUAUCAUUGACAAGUCCAAGAGUGUCAAAACUGUACUCAUGCAGCUCUUCCAUGAGAGUGGCAACUACGAUGUUGAAGGCAUUGACACAACAAAUGCUUGCUAUGGUGGAACUGCUGCUCUGUUCAAUGCUGUGGCCUGGGUGGAGUCCCGAAGUUGGGACGGACGGCUAGCCAUCGUUGUGGCGGCUGACAUUGCAGUGUAUGCGGCCGGUAGUGCACGACCUACGGGUGGUGCAGGGGCUGUGGCUAUGCUGAUCGGGCCAAACGCUAGUCUCGCCUUCGAACCCGGCCUCAGAGCUACUUUCAUGGACCACGUAUAUGAUUUUUUCAAACCUGAUUUAAGUUCUGAAUAUCCUACUGUUGAUGGAAAAUUAUCAAUACAAUGCUAUCUCACAGCGCUAGACCAUUGUUACCAACUCUACUGUCGGAAAGCAAAAAAACUGGCAGGUAUUGAAUCCGAAUCGAACGAUAUGGUCGGAGUGAAAUCAUUGGAUGCUGUAUUGUUUCAUACGCCGUACUGUAAACUUGUACAAAAGUCACUUGCUCGUUUGGUGCUCAAUGACUUUGUCAAUACACCAAAAGAAAAUAUUCCUGAUGUUUAUCCGGGAUUAGAGAAAUAUACAGGAGUGCAGUUAGAAGACACUUAUUUUGAUCGAGAUGUAGAAAAAGGAUUUAUGGAGUUCAGUAAGGCGAUGUUUGCUGAAAAGACACAGCCAUCUCUAUAUGUUGCAAACCAAGUAGGCAACAUGUACACUUCUUCUCUCUAUGGAGGACUUGUUUCUUAUCUAAUCAACAAACCUGUUUCUGAACUUGUUGGAAAAAGAAUUGGAUUGUUUUCUUACGGUUCAGGGCUCGCUUCAUCUAUGUUCUCUUUGAAGGUGCGCAAUGAAGGAUUGAAAACUCUUGUGACCAAUUUGAGUCACAUCCAAACAAUGCUUGAGAAUCGAAAAAUAAUGUCUCCAAAAGAUUUUUCAAACACAAUGGCAAUGAAGGAACAAAAUGCACAUAAGUCAUCCAUGACUCCAAUCGACUCUGUUGAAAAUUUGUUUCCUGGAACAUUCUACUUGAAAGUCAUAUCUGACUAUCGGCGAUCCUAUGACAGAGUACCGAUAUAACAACUGCUCCACUCUUUCAUUCACAAUUGCCUUAUUGGUCCUCACAAUCAUAAUAUUAAUAGAUCAAAUUUGUAUAAUCUGUAAAAUACUUUUUUACAUAGUUAAACAGUAUUUAUUGCUAAGCAAUAUUAGACAUUUUUUUAACAUUAAUUAUAUUGUGUAAUCUUAAUCCUAAGACUGUAUUGAAGUUUAAAAAACCACAAAUAAUGUUUGAUAUAAGUGGUUAAAACCUACUUACAUAGUUGGUAUAUUUUACAACAAAUUCAAUUAUAGUAAGUAUUGAAUUAGCAUAAUAACUUUCAAAUUAAGUUAGUAAAUAUUGUUUAAUAGGGAGGGAUUGGAAGAGGGAGAGAGGAAAAUAUACUGCUUUAUUCCGAGGUAUAAAAUUUUUAAUCCAUACUUUUAGUGGUUAUUACUACAAAUAGUUUUUAAAGACUUUAAUUUGGUAUUUUAUUGGAUCGUACUUGUAUUGCUAUAAACUUAAUACUAAAAGCAAGGUAAAAUGUUGUUAUUAUUGUUAUUUAAUUAUGAUAAAAAUAUUUUAUUUUGCAUUAGUGAACUCUACGAUCUUUUAUAAUUUGUUUUCCUAAUUAUUUACAAUUUUUAAAUUAAUUUUAUUUCAAUAUUAUAUAAUGUAAAAUUAUAUUUCUUACCCAAAGUUGUUUUUUUUUUAUUUACAGAUUUUGUAAAUAGAUUUAUUGUAGUAUGGAACAUGCAGUGUGUUCUUGGAUCACAUCAAAUAUAAAUGGAUUGAACAAAGAAGUAUUGGCAAAUAAAACAAAUAAUAUUAUUUACUUGCUGUGUUACUUUACAGUAUUAACAAUUUAAAAAUAUAAACAAGAGCUUAAAUCAUUAGAGCAAUAUAAACUUCAACCCUUUGAACCUCAUGCUACAAUUAUAUCCUUCCAGAAAUGUGUAAAAAUUCACAUUUUAGAAAAACCUUAAGCAAUGAUUCGUGUAAGAUUGUUAUUAACCAUAGAUCUGGCACAGAUUAAUUGAAUUAACGUUUGAAAGCGCUUUAACAGUGGCAAACAUUCAUUAAAUAAACGUUUCACAAAACCUUUUUUGUAAUAACAUUUUAGUACCAAUAUUUUUAUGUAGAAUACAAGAGUAUUUUUUUUGGUCAUACUAAUAUUUUAAUUAAACACCAAUAAACAUCUUUUGAACUGUGUGAAUCUUUAAAAGGUAGUGUUAUACUCUCACAGGAUUUGAAACUGAGAUUUUGUCAUUAUAGAAACUCCCCAAAAUUGAGCUAGAACUGUUCUAGUGCCUUAAAUGACAAAGAAAUAUUCAUAAUCAAUUUAAUAUUCUAUCACACAUAAUUUAUUCAAUUUUAUAUUCCAAUGAUGUCAAGUCAUAAUAUUUGUAAAAUUUGUACAUAAUUAAUAUGUAUGCAUACUAAUCUUAUGUAGUUCUUCAUAAGUCAUGUAUUGUUUUGCUAUUGCCCGUUAUUAUUUUAUAAAAAAAUAUAAAUAAAAUUUAAUUAUAUAUAUAUAUAUAUAUAAAUGUUUACAGUUUCGAAUUUGUAUUAGUUUACUUAUAAUUAAAAUAUUGAUUGAUACACUGUAUUGCUGGAAUUUAUAUAUUUUGGAAGUCAUUAUUACUUCUUACAGUAUAACAAUUAAUAAAAAUAAUUUUACUACAUAACAAAUAAUACAAAUAAUUUUAUUGUUUUAGACAAAGUAAUUAUUUGUAUAAAUGAAUUAGUGAAUAAAUAAUCUUAGAUUACUCAGAUUAUAACCACAAAUACCUGAAGAAUACUGCUAUGAAAAAUGUAAAAUGAUACUCAUAAAACUUUAUCACAAUUGAUUUUCUAGAAAGUCUGAUCUAGUUUAUGCUAUAAAAAGACACUAACAUUAAUUCAAAGUCAAAAUAUUUUUAUUUAUGUUAGGCACAAAAGUACAAUAAAUAAUGUAAACUACAACUAAGUUUUUUCUUCAUAUUAUGCAUUUCAUGUUAAGAAUUUUUUACUAUUUUCAUUCAGUUAAUUUUUAAAACACUACUACUAUAAAAAAAGAACUAAACUGGUACAAGAAUAAUGUAUAACAAUAAUAUACAAUUACAACACAAUACAACUUUAUCAGAUUCAAGAAUUGAUAAGCUAACUGGCAAAUAACAUGCUUUUUAUAUAAAAUGCUGUUUGUUUUUAUGCCAGUACAUGUUUUGAACAUCAUCUGUGUUGUUUUGAAAAUAAUAGUUUUGGCAUACAAAUCAUGCACUAGAAAAUAUUUACAAAACAAAAUCUUAAAAUAAAAGGUGAUUUUAGAUUACCACCUUGGAAUUUCUCACACAUAAAGUUAAUGGCAAUUGAUAAUUGUCAUUAAAAAUAUUGCUGAAAUUAUAAAACGGGUAUAUUCAAUAUAAUCUAAAAUAAUCUUAGAUUAUUGGCCUACAACAUUUGAAAUUGAGUGAUAUGACAAAUUUGUGUUAUAUAAAAUAGAAAACGUCUGUAAAUUUGGUGUACAAGCAACAUGGCAUGUCACGUGUACUUUGCUCAUGUAAAGCAAUAGGAAGUUUUAUCUUCAAGUUAACUAAGAGAAAGAAUUAAGAAGAUUGUUGAAGUUUUGGUUUACAUCGGUUUUUUGAUAAUGAAUGUUAAUAUAUUUAAAACCAAAAUUCAUUAUGUUAAUGGUUUACAUAAUAAUAGGUCUUAAAAGUGUUCUGUUAAAUAUGACUAAAAAUUGUAUAUUUUACUUCUCUUUCUUCCCUCCUCAAAGGCAGCUUACUAAACAUAGAUAAUGUUUAGUUCUUUUUAAUACAUUUCAAAUACAUUUAUUAAAGAUCCCAGAAAAUAUAUAUAUAUAUAUAAUUUUAAAUGUGCAAAGUUUAUGAACUUUAUUUUUAAUUUUGGGUUAUGAAUUGUCCUUAAGAAUUUGUAUUAAAGCAGUUCUUAUCCUUAACAAGAGAUUGUAGUUAUUGAUUUCUAUAAUCAUGAUAAGCAUGACCAAAGUUGUUGUUAUUUAGUUUUAAGCAUUACCUUCAAAAACAGAAUAGUUGGUCUUAUAUUUAUCUUAAGUACUAGAGUGUUAAGAUACUUAUAACUAUAUGAGGUCUCCAACUGCAUUUUGUGUUUGGGGUAACCGAUUGACCAAGUGAAGUAUACACAGUAGAGGCAGGACUCCCUGGUUAGUAUCGGCACUCCACGACUUCUGUGGAGACUUAACCUCAUUUAAAAAUUCAUAUCAAAUUGUGCAAACAACCAUUCUUGAAAAAGGUCUUCUUUUUCCAUGUCCAUAGCAGUUGAAUGUCGUGCAUGGAUUGCAGCAAAAACAUGUUCUAUGUUUUUGGAAUUCUUAUCUGUGUUUUUAAGGUUUACCAAAACCCAAACUAUUCUUCACUAAAAAUGUUUAUUUUUAAAUUACCCAACCCAUUCUUUAAUUUAGGCAUCGCCAAAAAUGUCUUCAAAACUUGAUGCAAACUCUUUUUACCAAUACAAUUAUUGUAGUGUGAUGAGAUGCUCUAUACGCAUGCAGAUACAAACACUGUAGCUCACUUAGACGGUAGAGUGCCUACACCAUGUCAUGGGAAUAACCAAACGUGAGUUGUCUCCACAGUAAAUACCUCUCACAGACUAUAACAUGCUCUAAAUACAAGAUGUAGAUCCAAAUGCAGACAUUUUACUAGUUAAUACAAGUUUUAUUCUCAUUUUACGUCAUGUUUUUCAUCAUUUAUUUCAUUAACCCUUUGAGCAAUGACUUUUCAAACAUCUAACAAACAAACACCAAAAAGUGAGGUUUUAAAGUUGUUUAAAUAACUUCUUUUAUUAUAUUGACAUCUAGUGUUAGUUCAGAAGUUAUUACUUUUUGUAAGAAAAAUGUCAUGUAAUCACAUUUUUUGUAUAUAAAACAAACUUAAAAACAAUAAAGUAUAUAGUAUUUAAAGAUUACACUUAGUUUUAUUUUUAAAUAAAAUAUAAAAUAAUUUUUUUUUAUUAUUAGACAAGUCAUACUAUAGGUCUUGCUCAGUAGGAUUAUGACUAGAAUUAUUCAUAAAAGUUGUUUUUGACAUCUAGUGGAUUAGGAGUACAACAUUUGCUUCUAAAACUUACCAAGGGAUGGCAGGGUGGUUCACUGACACAAAUAAGCAUAUCACAACAUACAAGUUCACACUACUUUAACAUAAAUAUAUGAUGUUACUAUUGGUGGCUCGUAGCGUGGCAACGUGACUGUUACAUCGUUACUGUUCAAAGGGUUAAUAACUUAUACAAUGCCAAAUUAGGGAAACUAGUUUGAUUAAUCAUAAAGCCUUACAAAACCAUUUAGCAGUUUGCAUUAUUCAGUAGCAGUGAUCUAAAUUACUCCUAACAUUACGGCUGGUUGUAGAAGGUUAUUAUGUAACUAUUAGUGUUUUAUCUUAAUUUUAAGAAUUAUUAAUAAAUCCUUUUAGUAUAGUGAAUUAUUGGUUUAGUAGCCACCAAAGCGUUGUUUAAUAAUCACAUUCAACAGCAGUAACCGAUUAAGGUCUGUUAAUUAAUCAAUAAGUAUUAAUCUAUUAAUUUAAGUAUACCUCGUGAAUGAAAAUUCACAUGUGUUAAUCUAAUGCCGGAAUCCUGCAUUAAAAAAAAUUAAUUAUCAUACUAAAUGUGUAUGGGUAUGGUUUAGUGACUGUUAACUUAACUAUUAUAAAUUUAACUGUAAAUCAAGAAAUUAUAGUCCCUGAGCCAAAAGCCAAUUUCCAUGUUAUGGGCACACAAUCUGGUUUUACUUGAAUUUCUUAGAGGAAUCUCCCUUAAGAAAGCAAUUGAUAGUCAGCCACUCUAGUUUUGUGAAAUCACCAAUAAAUGAAUGAAUCAGUGUUAGGUAACCAUAUACAGUUACUAUUUGGUUGAAAGUGGUGACUAGUCUCUAUGUACUUGCAUGAUGGUAAUCAACUAUUAUUUUUAAGUGUUUCAAGGUAAUAAAAAUAUGACAAUAAACAAUUGUUUCAUAUUUUUAUACCUUUUUGAUACCCUCACAAUUGUGACCUCUACCACAACUCUAGCGAAGUUGACAAUCCAUUCCUUUCUUAAGAAGAAUUUGUCUAUUUUAGAAUUUGUAUAAGCACCAAGCGGUGUGCUUAUACAAUGCAAAUUGGCUUUCGGCUCUUGUAUUAUAACAAUUGGAUACACAAGCUUUCAAAAUAUCAUGUAUCAUUGAUGGUUUUAUGAGAUGAAAAUGAAGUCUUGAGUCAAAUUUUUCCUAAGAAUAUAAGAUUCAUUAAUUUGUCAUUUCCAUUUUUUGUCAAAAUUUUAAAAAAUUAGCAAAUUUACGUACUAGGCCAGUAUAGAUUAAAAAACAAGUGCGCACUGAAGACCUAUUGGGUUCCCAUAUAUUAGAUAACAGGAAAGGGACAUAAUCUACUGCUUUACAAUGUUAAUUUCAACGUUUUCUCUUAAAAUUGUGUCAUAACCAUUUAAUUAUUGACAUUUCCCUCCAAGUUUUCCCCUCUUCCUAGCCGCAGUGGUGAUGCAGAGCCAACAUUGUGUUUUGUGUUCACCACAUUACACUAUACAAUAACCCGAUGUGUUACAAGAAUUAAAUUAUAUUAAGCUUUCAUUGCACAAAAGCUUGUAGUUGAGCUAUAUAUUGUGAAUAUCUUUGAGUGUUAAGCUUGGGAUUAUUAAUAGCCCUAAAUCCUUUGACAUGGACUCCUUACUGCCAUUGAAUUACUGCUUUUGAAUGUGACCAAAUAUAUUUUUUUAUAUGGUCUUGAACUCUGGGGUUGUUUGUAAAAUAAGUAAGGUUAAAGUUGUUCUAAAUAAUGCUUAACAUGUUGACUGCUGUAGAAGCUAUCUGCUACCACUCUCACAGCUCUCUGAUGUACAGAAGUGAGCGUGUUAAUCUUAUUGCUGUAUAUUUAAAAAUAACAUUAUUGGUCAAUCAAAACAUAAUAUGCUUCAAAAUAGGCAACCACAAAGUAAACAAUAUUAGCACACCUCAUAAUGGUUAAAAUAUGUUCACCUAAAUUUCGUUUCAGUAGUGUUCUUAUUAAUUGGUUUAUAUGAUGGUUUUGAACAUAAAAACAUUAUGCUAAACAUAUAAAUAUUAAAAACUGACAAUAAAUUAGUAUAAGAUUACAAAUGGUAAAUUGUUUUCACUACUAGUGUCUAUAAAUUGCUCAAGAUAUACUAAGUAGUGCUGCCUGCACGAAUGUCACCUAUAUUUGUUUUUGGAAGUAGAAUUUUAUCAUGAAAUCGUUAUGAGUUACUUAAUGUCUAUUUCUACUUGAUAUAGCUGUAUGGCUAAAAGAUUCAUAUACAGAGAAAGAAAGCUGUUAAGAACUUUGGUACCAUUAUACUAGGAAUAUUAUUAGAUUGUUUACUCUGUCGAUAUUGCCAUGGAAAUAUUUUUGCCAUUCUCUUUGUAAUAAAAUUAAUGUGUUGGAGGUUUUAUAUCCUUAUAGGAGUUUAUCCAAUUUUUAUCAAAACCACAGAAUUUGUUGAACUGCAAUCAUGGUGGUAGGAAAGCUAAAGACUUCAAUCAUUAAAUACACAUAUUUUUAUUUUAACAUUUUAUUGGUUUCAAGAUGAAGCAAUUUUUAUGGAAAUUAAUGAGAGCUUCAAUAUCGAUGCUACAUCUACAUAUUGUAAAUAUCUACAACUCCACUUUGAACCAGCAUGAAAUGGGCUAUCACAUGUUUUUUCAUUGCUUCUAAUUUACUUCAGAUAUCAGAAUUAGUGGCAUUAUACUAUGUCUGAUGGGUGAAUAAGAUUGUGGUGAAUAAGAAAAUAUUUUGUCAAUUUAUACAUUUUAUAAUGUAAAUGGGAAGCACUAUCAAAAUUUACCUUUCCACUUAAUCUGUAAUCUAUAUUAUUUCAUAGUAACUCUGCAUUAUGAGUACAUGAUCAGAUAAAAAGAAUAAAAUUAAGUAGUAAAAAUAUGGAAUAUUGGUAACAUACGCAUAAGUAUGAGUGUUAAAGUACAUCGUAGAAACUGUGAUAGAUCUUGACCAUAAGGAUGUAUAAUCUUUUACUCUAAAAAGCUUAACACAAUAUAUGGUAACUAAACAGAUGGAGUCUCACUUCACAAUUAAUUUUUGUUUAUGAUGAAAAUCUUUAAUUUCUGUUGUGAAGCUUGUUACUUUUUAGUUUAUUUUAAUCUAACUUCAAUGAUGAGAUUGUAUUAAUAAAAUAUACAUUUUCCGUAACUUUGUAAAAUUGGUGGAAAUAUUUGUAUAACAACUUCACAUUGGAUUAAUUGAAAUGUAUAUAAUCCAUUGGUAGAGGCUUUGUAAUCAUAUUAACCUUACUAAUAUUUAGGUUAGGUUUUUGUACAAUAUCUUUAUUUUAGGAAAUAAAUGGUAUGGCUUAUUUU